AUGGCGGCCAAAAAUACCACAGUCCUGGUGACCGGUGUUACCGGGUUUAUUGGUGCUCAUGUCGCAUUGAAGCUUCUCCAAGCAGGGUAUACAGUACGAGGUGCUGUGCGUUCGAAGAAGAAGGGUGAAUUACUCCUUCAGCAAUCCGUUUUUCGCGAGUACACAGAUCGAUUUCGUGUCGUUGAAGUCUCCAACAUAGAGCAAACGGGAACCUUCGACGAGGCUGUCAAAGGGGUUCAGGUCGUGGUACAUCUGGCAAGCCCCGUGGUGUUAAAUGGAGGUGAUCCCGAAUCCAUGGUUGGUCCGGCCAAAAGAGGAACAAUCAGUAUACUUCAAAGUGUGCUGAAAUACGCCCCUUCAAACUUCUCGCACUUUGUUUUUAUGUCUUCCAUUGCCGCCAUGGUUCGAAGGGAUGUUGCUCCUGGUUAUGUGUUUACCGAGCGCGAUUGGAACCCUCUCACGGAAGAGAUUCUUCAAACUAUGGAUCCCAAGUUGGCCAGAAGCAUUGCAUACUAUGCUUCCAAGGCUAUCGCAGAGCGUGCUUUGUGGGAGCUCAUGGAGACGCACAAGCCUUCGUGGACGGCUUCGGCGGUGAAUCCUGCUGUGGUGUCUGGGCCAUUCAUCCACUCUAUUGCGAGACCAGAGGAGCUGAAUGAUACUGUCAAGACCAUCUGGGAUAUUUUCGCCGGCAAAACCAAGACCAUCCCGGAACCUAUAGCAGCAGGAGCGUAUGUAGACGUGCGCGACGUAGCUGCAGUGUGUCUUUUUGCCGUCGAGCACCCUGACUUGGUGGCUGGUAAAAGGUUUCCGGUCGUUGCUGGUCAAGGACCUCCUCAGGCGGUCGCUGAUAUACUGAGAGAGCAUUAUCCUGAGCGCCAGGGCAUCAUACCAGAGGGAACAAAGGGUGCUGGAUAUCGGCGUGAUUGGAAGUGGGAGGGUUCCCCUUUUUCCUUUUCAUCGAAACUGAUUGAAGACACGAUGCAUAUCGAAUGGAUCCCAUUUGACAAGUCUGUUCUUGACACCGCGGAAUGUUUUCAACGAUUUUCUUCUUGA